AUGCCCCCGGCGGCGGCGGCGAAGAGGAAAGCAAAACCACUCGCGGCGACCUCGCCGUCGCCCGUGAAGAAAAAUGCCAAGACCACGGCGCCCGCGGCGUCGAACGACGACGCCAGCGCGCUGUCGGUGCAGCAGCAGUGUUUCCUUCAGGCGCUUCUGUCGCGCGGGAUCGUCGAAAGCGAGGACGCGGAGGCGUUGUACAGAGAAAUCGUCGAAGACGACGCCGCGAACGAGUUCACGCGAUUCUGGGGCGAAAUCGCCGUCGCGUUGAAAUUUUUAGAUUUAGACAUACGAACGGGUAAAUUCGAGGGCGAUGGGAAGACGUACAUGGCGGUGGUGAACCAAGGGACGACGGAAGUGGCGAAAUUGGCGACUCGGAUGACGCCGGCGGAAAUCGCGCUGUUUCGAGUCGCGAUGUUGGAAAUUCUGCGCGAUGAUUCGAGCGCCGAGCGCGGGAUCGAUUUCAUGAGCGCGUUGAAUUCGACCGAGUUACAAUUGACGCAAGACGCGUCGACGCAGGACGGGGCGACGCAGAUGACGCAACUGGAGAAGCAAACGCAGACGGUGCAAAAGAUGAGCAAGGUCGUCAAGGACGCCGCGCUCAACGACCUCGUCGCCGAGCGAUGGCUCGAGCGCGUCGACGACGGCCGUCGUCUGACCCUCGGUCCUCGAUCAUUCCUAGAGCUCAGAGAAUUCAUCCUAGCCCAAGCUCCCGAGCGCGCGCGCGCGAGGUGGGAUAAAUUGUUGUGA